AGGAUGCUAGUUCCUCAUUCUCCGCAAUCGAUAUUGGUCGUGUCGACUGUAAUUUCAACUUUCACAUUUUUGGCGACCAUCACGCUUCUUCCACUUUUCUACAUGAAAGUUCAAAGAAUAAAUUCUCAAAUGCUCACUGAUUUGAGAAAUUGUCAUCAAGAUAGUACCGAUAUUUGGAAGCAACUUUCCCAGGAAAAUGUCAGAGGAAAAAGGUCUUAUGGUCGUGAUGCGCCUUCAAUUCCAAUGGGCAAAUGCUGUAGUUGCCAACAAGGAAAACCUGGGCCUACUGGACCAAAGGGUCCUGACGGGGGACCUGGCCAACCGGGACUUAUUGGACUUAAUGGAAGAAACGGAAGAAAUGGAAAAUACGUAGCUUCAGAAGCUCACAAUGAGCCAGCAUGUCAAAAAUGUCCGGUUGCACCGCCAGGACCACCUGGACAUCCGGGACGUAAGGGUCCAAGAGGUACUGCAGGAAAUGCUGGAACAGCUGGAAAGAAUGGAAUUCCUGGUCGAAUGGGACCACCAGGACCGGCAGGAGUAAGAGGGCCACCAGGAGAACUUGGAAUGCGGGGACCACAAGGAGAUCCAGGAAAGGUGUUGAAUGGAGCACCACAAGGACAACCUGGACGACCAGGAAAAGUUGGUUCUAGAGGAAAAGCAGGUCAUACUGGAAGAGACGGACGUCCAGGUCUAGAAGGAACUCCAGGUACAAGAGGUGUUCAAGGAGAACGUGGUUCUCGUGGAGCUCGUGGACCACCAGGACCUCCAGGGCCAGCAGGAUCUGACGGUCGUAAAGGAUCUUGCGCUCAUUGCCAGUCAGACGAUAAACUAAGUCAAGGAGGAGCAAACAGAAGACCGGAAGAAACUGAUCCGGAAGGAGAGUUCUCUAAUCAACAGCCUGCUUCCUACGAAGAGCAACCUCCCGUAAUCACCACUACCACUACGGAGACUGCACCAGUUUAUACUAAUCCACCAGCUCAUCAGCCAGUGCAUCGGUCUUUCCCUUCAGCUGAACCACGGCAAUCUCAUAAAAAUUCCCCUUCGGUCCCAGUGCCACAAGAACAAUACAACUCUGCAAAUUCUGAAGUAAUUCCCAAGACAAUCAACUACCCUGACACCAUAAAUCACCAAUCCUAUAAACAUGAUGGUGAUGUAAGUGUCGCCGGAACUACUGAUGAUAGUGAAGACGUUAACGUCAUCCCAGCUGGACAAUAUUCUAGCCGACAGUACGCUUCAAAGACGAACAAAAUUGGAAAAGCCGUUCAUUUCGGUUAUUCCAAUGAUCAACUCUCCUCUUUUGUCCCAAUGGGAGCCACCAGUGAGGAAGAUGAAAAUUAUGGAAAACCAAGAGCCUUCCAAACAAAUAAGGGCUACAAUGUCCAAAUCAUGGGGUCCGGACCAACAUAUAAUGCAGCUCCAGUCGGUAAUGCAUGGAAACAACCAGAAAACCAUAAAGUCCGACAAUACACUCCCCAAUAUCUCCCACCACCAGCCUAUGCGUGAAUCUAACUUCCCAAUUGCAAUUGGGAUUUCGUUAUGGUUUUCAGCUGUAUUUAAUUUUUUGUACGUUUUGAAUUUUAUCACUGGUAAAGUGGUUAUUUAUGAGGAUUAAUAAAUAUAUUCUAAACAACUAA